CUCCACGAAUGGGACAUGUCUCAUUACGGUUUAGUGUCAGAUCUCGCAAAGAUGUACAACGGGAGAUCGCGUAGUGCCUCAAGGACUGGUCCCGGUCCCGGUCCCAGUCCCGGUCCCAUUCUCUUGCUCACGUUAGCUGGCUCCCUGCUGGCCAUGCAGGCGGCGGGCAUGUCGCUGGAUCGCCUGGCCCUCGAACGGAACGAGCUGCCAGCCCCUGCCCCUGCCCCGGCCAACGAGAUGCAACCACAAUCGGAGACGCAGCCACAGAACGAUCUGUUGGUGGAUGACAUGAAGCUGGCCUCCCUGGCCUCGGCCAGUGGCGAUUCGGACAUGUACAUGCUGGUUCCGGAGUCGGUGGCCAGCCAGCUGGGAGCAGCGGAUCGCAAUACGAUCGAGAGCGGGUCCGAAGCCGAUGCCGAUGCCGAUCCCGAUGCGGACGCCGAUCUUCCGGGAAGCUCGGACAUGCUCAUGCUGGAGAGCGACGACACCCCGGCCAUGCAGCUCGUGGAGCUUCCUAGCGACAUCACCGUGGCCGAGGCUGAAGCUGAAGCCGAAGCCGAGGCAGAAGCAGCGCCCGAGUCCCAGGCAGAGGUCCAUAUCCAGCCCGAGAUGAUUAAAGAGCAUGUGGUGGAGCAUUCGGUUGAGGGCACAGUCGCCACCAGUCAGAAGCAGCCCGGCAGCCAGGAGGCUCAGCUGGAGAACGCCGAGCAGGCCGUGGAGACAGCCACAGAGGCGGCUCCAGUGGCAGCUCCCCUCGAAGAGACGGAGGAGGAAAAGGAGAAGGAGAACGAGAACGAGGAGGAGGGCGUGCCUUCUAACGAUGAGCCAGCUGCAAGCCCUGAGGAUGAGUCCAGUCCAGCCACAGAGAGUGCUGCAGACAUCAUUGCCGAGGCCGUUGAGGAAGUGGAAAAGGAAGUCGAGCAGUCUGCGGAUCCUGAAGCAGCCUCCGUCCAAGCACAGGAGGAGCCAGAGCAGCAGCAGCAGCAGCAGCAGAAGCCCCAGGAGGAACAAGAGUCCCUGCCAGAACAGCAGCAGCCUCAGGAGGAUGCCGUACAGCACCCAGAAUCUCAGCCGGAGUUAGAGCCAGAGCAGGAGGAAAAGAUUUCUGUGCCUGAAGCUCAAGCUGAGUCGGAGGCCCAAGUGGCGCCCCAAGUGGAGUUCCACGUAGAGCCAGAGGAGCAGAAGCCCAGUGAGAACGAGGUGGACACCACAGAAGCAUCCCUGAUGGACAGUAUGGUCGAAGGCAUCGAGGAAGGCCUCACUGCUGCGAUGGACCACCUCGUGCCCGAGGAGAUCGCAGAAGCAACAGAAGACAAGCAGACAGAGGAGGAGGAGCAGCAUGAGCCGCAGAAGGAAUCACCACCAGAGCCAGAGGUGGCCACGGGCACAUCCAGUGACCCAGUGGCAGUCGAGGAGGACCGGUCCCCAGCCACUGAAGCCGCACCAAUCAGCGAGGAGUCUUUCACUCAGGCAGCAGUCCAGCCUGAGGAGGUAAAGGAAGCAGAGCAGGAAGCCGAACAGAUCCAGAUCCUGGCAGAUGAACCAGAAGAGAUGUCCCAGUCUUCAGAUGUAGUUCCAGCUGAAGUUGAGGCCGAGACUGAGCAGCCACAGGCGGCAGUCGAGGCCGUCGAGGCCGUCGAGGCAGUCGCGGAAGAGAAGAAACAGCCAGAGACUGUGGAGACUGUGGACACUGUCGAGGAGAAGGAACCGCAACCCGAGGCGGCCACAGACGAAGUUGAUUCCAGGCCAGCGGCUGAUAAGGAAGAAGUCCAGAACGACGCCGAAGUGAACAACAAGGUGGAGCCAGAGGCAGCCCAGCCAGAGCCUGUAGUGGAAUCAAAGCCAGAAGUUGUACCUGAAACUGAGGCUGAGACUGAGGCUGAGAUGGAAGUCCAGCAGGCACCCCUCGAAGAUGAAGCUGAAGCCGAAAAGGAGGUCCUGGUGGAACAGAAGCCUGCUGAAGUCGAGGCCGAAGCAGAGCCCGUGGCUGCGGCUGUGGUGGAGACCCAGCCAGAGCUGACUGCGGAGCCAUCCAUGCUGACCACGAUCAUUCCCAUGGUCCUGCCACAGCCCCAAGCCGAGCCUGAGCCGGCACAGAUGCCCCCCCAAGUGGCCGACAGUGUUCUGAACUAUGUGAAUGCCUCGUUCCUGCUCCAGCAGCAGGCGGAUCUGCCCACGACGGAGGAGCCGGAGGAAAGCCCCUUCAAUGCCCAUCUGCGACGCUACGAUGGCGCCCAGGUGUGGCGCAUUGUGGUGCAGACGGACAAGGACAAGCGACUGGCAGACGAGCUCCAAUCCAAAUAUGAUGGGCAGCUGUGGAAGGAGGUGAAGCAGGAGGUCGACUACCUGCUGAAGCCCCAGGUUCUGGCCGCCGCCGAGCGCCAUAUCCGUGCCGCCAAUCUGUCCCGGAUCGUGCUAAUCGACAACCUGCAGCACGUCAUCGAGGUCGAGAAUCCCCCGGCGGAGAAGAUAGCCGAACUCCAGAACCGCAAGGGACACCGCCUGACGUGGCAGGCCUACCAUCGCCUGGAGGACAUACACGGCUUCAUCGACUACAUGGCGAAGACCUACCCGGACAUCUGCUCCACUGAGAUCAUCGGCUACUCCGUGGAGAAGCGACCCUUGAAGAUACUCAAGAUAUCCAAUGGAAAUGCUCGCAACCCCGGCGUCUGGAUCGACGGAGGCAUGCACGCCAGGGAGUGGAUCAGCCCCGCCACAGUGACCUUUAUUGCCAACCAGCUGGCGGAGGGCUGGGAGGAUCUGCCCGAGCACAUGCGCAGCAUCAACUGGUACAUCCAUCCGGUGGCCAAUCCCGACGGCUACGAGUACUCGCACACCACCGACCGGCUGUGGCGCAAGAACAUGCGUGCCCACGGCCGCCAGUGCCCCGGUGUCGACCUCAACCGAAACUUUGGCUACAAGUGGGGCGGAAAGGGCACCUCGGCCAGCCCCUGCUCGCAGACGUAUCGCGGCAGCAAGGCCUUCUCCGAGCCGGAGACCUUCUACAUCUCCAAGUUCAUCAGCGGCUUCCCCCGCGAGACCUUCCAGGCCUACCUCUCGUUCCACAGCUACGGACAGUACAUCCUCUACCCGUGGGGAUACGACUACCAGCUGACCCAGGACCGAGCCGAUCUCGAUCGCGUGGCGCGCCAGGCGGGCACGAGCAUAACCAAGUCAACGGGCGUCAAGUAUACGGUGGGCUCUUCGGCCACCACCCUCUAUCCGGCCGCCGGUGGCUCCGAUGACUGGGCCAAGGGCAUCGCCGGCAUCAAGUACGCAUACACCAUCGAGAUGGGCGACACCGGCCGCUACGGCUUCGUCCUGCCCGCCCGCUUCAUCCAGUACAACGGCAAGGAUGGCUACACCUUCGCCGACACCGUCGCCCGCGCCAUAGCCCAGGGGCGGGGCAAGGCGGUGGCCAGGAGCAGCAGCGGCACCAGUCGACGCCGCCACUAGGAUGCAUUCUCCCGGCACUAAGUGUGCCCGGACCUAGUUCAAUGCAAAAAUGUUUUUGUUUUUGUUUUUUCAACCCUAGGGU